AAACAAAAGAGCCCGCUCCUCACACACACUCGGCUCUGCGCUCUGGCUCCUCCCAGUGUGUAGCGGGUGACAGCUGGGAGAGCUGCGUGCUGGUGAGAAGCCUUCAUCUCUAAAUAGGAUGAGCAGCCGCUUUGGUGCUCCGGAGCUACGAAUGGUUCGGACCGCUUGGCUGAUCAGUUCUGCUGGAGCCGCACUUUGUUUCCGCGCGCAGUUCGCUCUCACGGAUUGUUUCGAUACUUGGAUUUCCAAUGGAUAUUCCGCUGUGAGAGAGGGGCGCACUGACACGGCUGAAGUAAAGUAGUAAUCAGGAGCCAGUAGGCAGUGCAACAAUGAGGUCGGAGGCCUUGUUGCUGUAUUUCACCCUGCUGCAGAUAGCUGGGGCCGGCUUCCCAGAGGAUUCAGAGCCAAUCAGUAUUUCACAUGGCAACUAUACAAAACAAUACCCAGUGUUCGUCGGCCACAAACCAGGAAGGAACAGCACACAGCGGCACAAGUUGGACAUCCAGCUGAUCGUCAUAACCAACCGGACUCUAUACGUUGCUGCGAGGGAUCACGUAUAUACAGUGGACAUCGACACAGCCAACAGCGAAGAGAUCUUUUUCAGCAAGAAAAUGACGUGGAAGUCCAGGCAAGCGGAUGUGGACACUUGUAGAAUGAAAGGGAAGCAUAAGGAUGAGUGCCACAAUUUCAUCAAGGUCCUUCUCCAGCAAAACAAUGACACCCUGUUUGUGUGCGGAACGAACGCUUUCAACCCUUCCUGUCGAACGUACAAGACAGACACCCUGGACACCCUUGGAGAGGAGAUUAGCGGAAUGGCCCGAUGCCCAUAUGAUGCCAAGCAUGCCAAUGUUGCCUUGUUUGCUGAUGGAAAGCUGUACUCUGCCACGGUCACCGACUUUCUGGCUAUCGACGCUGUCAUUUAUCGCAGUCUAGGAGACAGUCCGACUCUACGAACAGUAAAGCACGAUUCAAAGUGGCUAAAAGAGCCCUAUUUUGUCCAGGCGGUGGAUUACGGAGACUUCAUUUACUUUUUCUAUCGGGAAAUCGCCAUGGAGUACAACAGCAUGGGAAAGGUGGUUUUCCCCCGAGUGGCUCGGGUGUGUAAGAACGAUCGCGGCGGUUCACAGCGUGUCCUGGAGAAACAGUGGACGUCUUUCUUAAAGGCCCGUCUGAACUGCUCCAUCCCCGGAGACUCGCACUUCUACUUCAACAUCCUGCAGGCUGUCACUGACGUCAUCCAUAUUAAUGGGCGUGAUGUUGUCAUGGCAACCUUCUCCACGCCGUACAACAGCAUUCCAGGCUCAGCCGUCUGUGCCUAUGACAUGGCCGACAUCGCUACAGCCUUCACGGGCCGUUUCAAAGAGCAGAAGUCCCCUGAUUCCACCUGGACCCCGGUGCCCGAGGAGAAAGUUCCCAAGCCCAGGCCAGGCUGCUGUGCUGGGACACCAUCAGUGGAAAAGUACAAAGUGUCCAACGAAUUCCCAGACGACACGUUGAACUUCAUCAAGAUGCAUCCUCUGAUGGAAGAGGCAGUGCCCUCUAUCGCCAACCGCCCUUGGUUUCUCAAGACUAUGGUUCGAUACCGGCUCACGCGCAUAGCAGUGGAUAAUGCCGCCGGGCCCUAUCGCAACCACACCGUCGUUUUCCUGGGCUCAGAAAGAGGCAUCAUCCUCAAGUUCCUGGCUAAAAUGAACAGCGGCUUCCUGAACGACAGCCUCUUCCUGGAGGAGCUGAGCAUCUACAACCCCGAGAAGUGCAGCAUUGACGGCGUAGACGAUAAACGCAUAAUCAACAUGCAGAUCGACAGCAAAAGUCACGCUCUGUUUGUAGCCUUCACGUCCUGUGUAGUCAAGGUUCCACUAUCGCGGUGUGAGAGACAUGGGAGAUGCAAAAAGUCCUGCAUCGCCUCCAGAGACCCCUACUGUGGCUGGCUGUCGGAGGGAGCCUGCAGAGAAGUCGUCACCAGCACAAAAUGGUCAUUCGAGCAGGACGUGGAGCAGGGCAACACAGAUGGACUGGGAGACUGCCAAAACUCCUUUGUGGCUCUAAAUGGCCGUUCCACCUCCACCUUUCUCAGCACUGUCCAGCCCGCCGCCAGCGGGCCGCUGGGACAGGACCGCAUGGUCGAGUCCAAGGACCCGCCCCUGCCCACCGAUAAGAGGGACCCUUAUAUCGCGGUGCCCUCUCUAACCCAGCAGGAGUCCACUGGAGUGAUUCGUGAGAGCUUCCAGAAAGGACGGGAUCAGAUGGUCCCCAUCACUCUGCUUGCCGUCGCUGUGAUCCUGGCCUUUGUCAUGGGUGCCGUCUUCUCAGGAAUCAUAGUCUACUGCGUGUGUGACCACCACCGCCGACGCGACUUCGAGAUCCCCGGACGCAAGGAUAAGGACUCUGUCAACUCCAGACGAGGCUCCAUGAACAGUGUCACCAAGCUGACAGGCCUAUUCGAGACUCAAGCAAAAGAUGGCCGCCCUGAGGCCAUCCUAGCACCCUUGAUGCACAAUGGACGCCUGACCAAUGGCAAGAUGCUCAUCAAGGCCGAACAGCACCACCUGGACCUGGCCGCUCUGCCGACUCCAGAGUCCACCCCGAUGCAGCCACGCCGCAAACCAAGCCGGGGCAGCCGCGAAUGGGAGCGAAACCAGAACUUGAUCAACGCCUGUGCCAAAGACCUAGCCUCAAUGGGCUCACCAGUCAUCCCAACUGACCUGCCACUGAGGGCGUCGCCAGGCCACAUCCCUAGUGUGGUGGUGCUGCCUUUACCUCAGCACCAGCAGGCCUAUCAGCACGAGUACGUCGAGCAGCCACAUUUGCCUGAUGACCAAGCCGCCACUCUGGAGUACAAAACCAUGAAGAGUCCCUGCCACAGUCUUAGCAUGUCGGACAGUGAUGGGAUACCGCCUCGAGUCCCACAGCGGGAGGCCUCUUUGGCCGCUGUGGUGCCACCAGCCGUCCCACAAAUGGGCAAGAGGCUGGACAUGUACAGUCGUGGGUAUCCUGCAAGCUCCAGCAAGCAGAAGAAGCAGCACAACACCAAUUCCUCCAACUCAUCCCAUUUGUCGAGAAACCACAGCUUCGCCAGGGCUGAAACUCCGCCACCGGCCCCACAAAGGGUGGACUCCAUGCAUCUCGGCUCCCCUCCACCCAUGGGCCUUACGCGGCACUCCAGCCUGAGCUCCUACGGCUCACUGCCCCGCUGCAGCAGCUCCAGCAGGCACCUCAAGCCCGAUGUUCCACCUAAACCCUCGCAAGUCUCCCUCUCCUCAAAAGUCAAGUCCAGUGACUUAUGCACAUAAAGCAGCGUAAGGGGAAAACGGGGGAUACACAAAGUGCAUCUGCGUUGUACAGCUGUGUACAGGAAAUGCAACUCACUGUUUUUUUAAGAAAACAAACAACAACAAAAAAAUGUUUUUCAUAUAUAUGGAGGUGUCGAGCUCAGGCUGGUAAUGUCCGGAUUCCCGGACGGCAGGAGAUGGAACACCUGCUACUGAAAAGAGAAGGACACUCUCUUAAAUCUUUCAUCGCCGAGCCACAACGUUUAGCCAUAUUUUUUUUUGUCGUUUUUGUUGGUUUUUUUUCCAGAAAUGACAGUAUGUCAGUCUGAGGACACAGCCACGUUGCAACUGUUGUUUUGUUCUCUUAACGGACUGCCAAAAGCACAUCACGGAGAGGAGUGUAAUUGUAUAGUUCGGUAGCUGGGACAUGCCCCAGUUCAAAGCACUUGGACGCAGCAAGCUCAGACUGGAACAACUGCUGCUUUACAAUGGAAAACUGUGAAAUAAGAAUAAGUAAGAAAAAAAAACAGAACGAGAAAAAAAGAAGAUUCUCAACGCCUCUCAGUGUUGCAGCUACUGGACACAGCAAUCAAGUUCUGCCUUUUGCAAGGUCUGAAAAAUCGUCUACUGUAACUGGUGACUGCUUAACCCGUGACUGUUAGUACUAAUAGUUGGUUGUAUUUAUUUUUAAUAAAGUGCUUUCAAAGAAAGACUGACUCUUUUUAGGCUCAGACAGAGAGAGAGAGAGAGAAGAGAUCUUUUUAAUUUUAAUUAAUUGUGUGAAAUUAUUUAAAGUCAUUCAACUGGAGCCAGUACCACUUUUCUUGCUUCUUGUGGAAAAAAAGAUCCUCUAACUUCUUUGGGAUGUUGCUGAGUGAACUCGGAGAGAAUUAAGUUCUCUGCACGGAGGAGAUAUUUAUUGAACUGUGCCAGAGGAGCUCGGGAAGGGCUCUGAAAAUAGCAGCACCCUAAGAUGAUAAGAACCUCCCUUUUGUGAAAUAAAAAGGAUAGAAAAUGAAAGACAGGAAAAAAAAAAAAAGAAUCCUCAAACUGGAACUCCUAGAUCGCACCCUCACCUUUCCAUGGGCAUCUCCAUUCAGCACUGUGGAUCGUGUCAGUAACUUCUACUCCUACAGCUUCACCGAGUGCCAUUCUGAUUCACGUUUUUGCAUGAAAGUGUGCAAAGACUGAGAAGAAGAAGAAGAAGAAGAAGAAGAAGAGGAAGAACAAAAAAAAGCCCCAGAUAAUCUGCACUUAAAACAUGCAGCGAGACAAAUGGGUGGAUGUUGGCGCACGACCAGCAGGGGUGUGGGGGGGGGGGGGUGCUUCGUUUAGUUUUUUAUUUUAUUUUUUAUUUGGCAGGUAUCAAAACGUAUCAAUUUUACAGUCUCUUCUUCACACAGGCCCUUUCAUUGUAUUACAUCUGUUUGGUAGCCUGCUUUUUUUUUCUUUUCUUUUUUUUUUUGGUUUCUUCCACGUGUAAAUUUGUGCCUUACACCCCUGAGUAGUGAAGAGUUUGUUAGCUGUUAACUGUUACCUAGUAGUUCUUAUUGAUCUGAUUAUGUAUUUCCCUCAUUUGAUGAAAAAGCAAUUAAAGAAUGUAGGUGUUCUUGUUGUUCAUUCUGCUCCCUUUGGAAAUAUUGGGUGGGAGGGGCUAACCACAAACUUUGUAAUUGAUUUAUUUCUGAUUGUGCCAAUGAAAACGCUUGAAACGCCCUUUUGUCGUGUUGGCGGUGUGUCGUCCAUGCUGGUUUUGUUUUGUUUUGUUUUCUGUUUUGUUUUUUUUUAGAGUCUUGAUGUUUUUAUUUGACUUUUAUCUGACCACAUUCUAGGUUAAGCGGUGUGUAUUCCUGAAAAGGCCUCCUUGGUUCUGGUACAAUGCAAUAAUAUCUAAUAAUAGCUAAAGGCUAAUUCAGCUACAGAACUAAUGCCCCCCUUAAAACACACUAGGGUCCUAAUGCUCAUUAUAAAACUCAGUUUCUAGGCAGCAAAUACAGGCUGGCUCCUGUGAAGAGAAGCACUUGAAUAAUAUUAGGGAACAUAUUAAUGCUUUCGAUGUUUAUGACAGAUGCCGACUAAUAAAAUUCCUUAACUUGUUAAAUCGUUUUGCGUAAAAAGACGGGCUUUUAAUUGUCUGAUUUGGGUAUUUAACUGUUUAAUAUGUUUUAUGGCUCUCACCUCUUCCCCUAAAUGAACCCAGCGCUCCUCUGUUGUAGUCUCUGUAGGCCAGUGAGUUUUCUACUUCAACUUUCCCACUGGGGUUCCUUACAAAUCCUAAAAAAGCAGCUCAUCAAUCAAACAGAUCCCCACCCUGGCCUUCGGGCGUGUGUUUACUUGGACUAACGUGUACAUAGAUGCUUGUAGGGUCAGAUUGCAUUGGCCUGUCUGGGGUCAGGUUAGGAGUAGGACCGGGACACUCAUGCUCACACCUCUUUCUCUGAGUAAUGCAUCUCUGCCCACGCGUUUUGAUGGUGUUCGUGGACAGUGGGCCCUUUGGUGUGCCUUUUGUCUUUCACCCUUUUGCUAUACACUGAUAGAGGCAAACCAAGUUGGAAAUUUUUGGAAAUCGUUUGAAGUUUGUAUGCCUGUAAGAUAUUGUUCUGUCACACGUUCUUUUUUUUUUCUUGCCCUUCUCCAACCUCCUUAACAUCUGAUUCACAGAUAAAUGUAUGUUGUAAAGAAAUUCUCUUUAAUAAAUGAAAAAAAGUAAUAAAAAUGUUUUAAAUUCUUGUCACAAA